AUCAACGCAUUACGCCGGUUAGAGUCGGGGUCAAGGUACAUUUUGAUUCCGUGCAAAACAAAAUUACCAAAUUAAGGUUCAAGCACGUCUACCAUGGUUUCAUCUUCAUAUCGCCAGCCACUGGAUAUGGAGAGAAGAACGAAGAUUUCAUUUCACCGAUACUCAUUUUCGUGCUUUUAGCCAAUUAAAGUUCAAGCACGUUUCCCUGGGCACACACCUCAGCUAUCUGGACUGCCUGUCCAGGGCCCCGUUCUACGAAGCGAUAUUUGUACUAAGAUCACCUUUGUGCAUAUGUGGAACGGUGCCCUAGACAGUAGGUUAGUGUUUGGUUGUUAUGAGAAUGAAUGAAUGAAUGAAUGUUUAACGACACCCCAGCACAAAAAUACACAUCGGCGAUUGGAUGUCAGAAAGGGUUGGUGUGAGAGAAGUCGGUGUAGUGGUCUUACACCUACCCAUUCAGUUAUUAAACCUGGGUGGGAGCCGGUACCGAGAUGCGAACCCAAUACCCACCAGCCUUACGUCCGAUGACUUGAAGCACCACAACAUCGAGACCGAUUGAUGGUGAUUAAAAUCGACAUGGCUCAGAUAUUACAUAUCACUUUUAUAUAUUACGUCACAUCUGAUGACGUAAUAUUUAAUACGACCAAUAUUCCCAGUUAUCCAUACGAUACGGCGACGUAUUUACGCGCAAUUAGCGAAUCGUUUGUUCAACAGCAUUGUGGACGCUUUCGGCGAUAAAUCUUUAAUACUCGACUGAUCACUCGUCGUGCUACGCUGCCUAGGCUGCGUACCUGGACGUAAGAGGAUUUGAUUUUCAUCAGACAAUUACCAAUGCAAAACGCAAAACGCCAAGCGUGAACAUAUCAAUGUAGCUACUGCACACUUGGGAAUAGUGAUACUACGGUUUACCUCGUAACCGUGCGUGUGUUUGUUUGUGUUAAUGUCUAUGAUACCAGUCUCAGCCAUUGGCAAGAAACUACAAGCAAUAUGGUGGGAUGUUUUUACUAGAACCAAUGUAUUGUCUUUAAUUCCAGGACGUUUUUACUGGAACCAAUGUAUGGUCUUUAAUUCAAGGACGUUUUUACUGGAACCAGUGUAUUGUUUUUAAUUCCAAGACAUUUUUACUGGAACCAAUGUAUGGUCUUUAAUUCCACGAUGAUAGAACAACAAAACGUGUUGCAAUUUGAUUCGUAGACCAUCACAGUUUGUGUGAAAUAAGGUUGUGUACUGAGGAUGGGCUGUAGCGCCAGCUUGCUGACUGACGAGGAGCGGAUCUCGGUGGUGGUGUUCGGAGCGAGUGGGAUGGUGGGCGGGGCCGUCGCGAGGGCGCUCGUUAAAAACCCACGGUUCGCGGUCAAGGCCAUCAGUCGCAAACCAGGAAGUGACGCACUGCGCAGUCUCGCUGAAGGUGGGGCGGUGAUAGCAACGGCUGACCUAGAUGACACGAAAAGUCUAGAGGUCGCUGUUCACGGUGUUGACGUUAUGUUUCUCGUUACACACUACUGGGAGCACAUGGACCAGAGCAAGGAGACGCAACAGGGUAAGAACGCGGUGAACGUGGCGGUGAAGUGUAACAUCAAACACUUGGUGUUCUGUGGGGCGGAGUCCGUCUUACCAAUCACCGGCAAGGAAUGUGGUCACAUGGAUGCUAAGGCCGCCAUUGAGGAACACAUGAAAGAAACAGGUAUAACGUAUACUAUCAUACGGCUGCCGUUUUUCUACGAAAAUCUACUGGGCGUCUUCAGACCUCACAACACUGGAGACGAAAUGUAUGCAUUAGCUCUACCAACAGAGGGCGUUGCGAUCGACUGUAUGAGCGUGCACGACAUGUCCAGGUGCGUCGUGAACCUGCUGUUGCGACCACGUGACUUCCUGUUCCGGACGGUGGGACUGACGGUGGAACGGAUCACGGCCGAGCACAUGGCGGUCACGAUUCAGAAACAUUUCAGCAACAAGCAAAUCACAGCGUCCAACAUUCGAGUCAGUGAUUUUGAAAGUUUCGAAUUCAAAGGUUCUCAAGAGAUAGCCGCCAUGUUUGAGUUCUACCAGACGGGCGAGCUGGAGAGAGAUGUAAAAAUAACCAAAAAACUUUACGGCUCCUCGCUGUCGUUCGAACGGUGGGUCGCGGAAAACAGAGACAAAAUCGACAACGUCCUUUCUAAUCGCCGGUUCAGUCAAAUGGACGAAAUACACUGAUUCGGGGAUUUCAUUGGUCACUUCAGAAUAGUCGGAGGAGCUUAUUGCCAUGUGAUUGGCAUUGAAAUUCUGCUACGAAUGAUCGGAUGGCGAUGCUGUUGGGGUUUUGGGAUUUCGGGAUUUCGUUGGUUAUUUCAGAAUAGUGGGAGGAGCUUAUUCUUAUUUGAUUAACACUCAGUCUGCCACGAAUGAUCGGAUGGCAAUGUUGUUGGGGUUUCAUUGGUCAUUUCAAAAUAGUGGGAGGAGCUUAUUUCCAUUUGAUUGGCAUUGAUAGUCUGCCAUGAACGAUUGUAUGGCGAUGUUGUUGGCUAUUGGGGUGUGGUUUUUGACUUCCACAUCUGGCACGAUACAUUCAAGUUAUGAGAGAGUGGAGUUUACGAUUUGUAUGCCUAUAUCCAAUUAAGAGUCAAGCAGGCUGUUCUUGACCUCUAUCCCAGCUAUCUGGGUGAUUAGUCCAGGACGGUGGUCAGUGGUUAGUUGCCAAUGGUUAGUGAGAGGGCAGUGUUUGUAGUGGUCUUUCACCUACCCAUUUAUGAUUGGCAUGGACAGAAAGGGAGUUCUAGGAGCCAUGCCCCACCCAGUCAUACCUAUCUGGGUUUUUUACCAAUUUUUUUAAUUUUGCUUGUUGCCCCAUAUUUCAUUUCAUUUCAACUUAUUUUCGUGCUUAUAUCCAAUUAAGGUUCAAGUACGCUGUCCUGGGCAUACAUCUUAGCUAUCUGG